AUGUUGAAAUACGUCUGUGCCAUUGCUAUCGUACUUUUAUUAAGUACCAAUUGUAAAGCUGAUGAUGAUUACACAGUUAAAAUAACAGUGCCAAGAUAUGUAAACGUAGGAGACAAUGUUACACUUUAUUGUGAGUACCGUCCAGAUAACAUAUAUUCUGUGAAGUGGUAUAUGGGACAAUAUGAAAUUUUUCGAUUUACUCCAAAUGAAGAUCCGCCAGUAAAUGUAUUUCCACUAAACGGAGUAUCAAUUGAUAUUAACAACAGCUUAAGUAACAAAUUAGUCUUAAAAAAUCUAGAAAGCAGAGCUACUGGAAGAUAUGUAUGCGAGGUAUCUUGGGAGGCGCCAUCAUUUAAAACUGCUAUGAGAGGACAACUGAUGCAUAUAGUUGAGAAACCGGAAGGUGAAGUGGAUCUAACAAUAGAUAAUGAAAAAGCUACUUGUACAACGCCUCCAAUAAGACCACGUCCAAACAUUAUAUGGUUUCUCAACGGAGUCCAGAAUUCUGGGGGUACUCCACCAAGAACUAAACAAAAUGAUCGAGAUUUAAAAAAUUUUAGCUCUUUGUUUACCCUUAAAGGUGGUAAGGAAACCUACGACAACGCAAACUUGACAUGUGUAGUUCAAAUUGGAGAUGUCUACAAAGCACAAAAGUCAAUAACUUUGUAAAAUAGUCAUAAAUGAACGUACUUAAGAUUCAGAAGAAUAGUCUGUUGUUGGAAACCCAUACUCAAUGCUAGCGUGAAUAUAUUUGCAGCAGUUUUGAUUUAUUUUUUAUUGUAUAAUAUGUUAAAGUUUGAAUCUAUCUUAAAGUUUAAUAAAAUUUUAAAAGCAAA